CUCAUCUGGUAGUCCGGCCUAUAUUUCACACAAUACUUCAAUGCUCUCGCCAUGAAGACAAAGAGGAAGGCAGAGGCAAAGACUAAAACCCCAGUUAAUGAAGCCUCACCCUCCCCAAAUCCUGAUCAGACACCAAAACAGCUCUCCGAAAAGAAGCGAAGACUCCCGACCACUUCGCUGCCAACCUGGUACAAGGAACCAGUGAUCUUCAAAGAUGUAGCUGUGUACUUCAGCCAGAAAGAGUGGCAGCUACUGGAGCCCGCUCAGAAGGACCUGUACAAGGAUGUAAUGUUGGAGAACUACGGCAACCUGAUCUCUGUGGAAUAUUAUAUUUUCAAGCCAAAGUUGAUCACCAGGUUGGAGGAAGGAGUUGACCUUUUUGCCAAAGAAAACGAUGUUCCUGGAGACCUUCUCCGGCAAGGUGAGGCAGGAGUCAGCCGAAGUGAGGCCUCUGCAGGGAAGAAGACGGGGAAUAACUCAAAGACAGAAAUCCGGAAGCCAGACAAUUCUAAGACCACAUCACAGGAGAAGCCAAAGAAAUCAGAUAAAGGGGGUGGUUCUCAGAGUUUGAGGGCAGAAAAGACCUCAAAAAGUGAUGCCAGACCGUCUCAGAAUAAGGAGAAAGGCAGAUCAAGCUCGACUACAGAAGCAGGCAAAACAACCACUCCUGGCAACAAGAAGCACGAAUCCGCGACCCCGGGAACAUCUUCAAGUAAAACAUCAUCAACUCCAACACCCCGGAGCACCCCUCCAGAGAAGUCGACUUUGGGAAAAGCUUCUCAAGGAAAAACACAGACCGCCAGCAGCUCCGCAAAUCCAAAGCGUAAGCCUGCGCGACAAGGUAAGAACCACUUUAAAUGCAAGGAGUGCGGGAAGACCUUCAACCAGACCCUCCACCUCGUGGAGCACGAGAGAAUUCACACGGGAGAGAAGCCCCACAAGUGUGACACGUGCGGCAAAUCGUUCAGGCACCUGUCGUACUUCCUUACGCACUACCGGAUUCACACAGGGGUGAGGCCCUACAAGUGUAAGGAGUGUGGCAAAGCCUUCAACAGCAGCUCCACUCUCAACAACCACUGCCGGAUCCACUCCGGGGAGAAACCCUUCAAGUGUGACGAGUGCGGGAAAACCUUCAAGCAGAGCACGAAGCUGACUCGUCACCAGCGGAUUCACACCGGGGAGAAACCCUACAAGUGCGGAGAGUGCAACAAGUGCUUUGGCCGCAGCUCAUCCCUGAGGGAGCACAAGAGGAUCCACACCGGGGAGAAGCCGUACCGCUGUCAGGUGUGUGGGAAAUCCUUCCGGGUCAACUCACACCUCUCGGAACAUCAGCGGCUCCAUUUGAAAGUGAAGCCUUACAAGUGUGAUAAGUGUGGGAGGCACUUCCGGAACAGCACUUACCUGUCGGAACACAAGCAGACCCAUGUGCCCGGGGUCCGGGUGGACUGCUUAGAGUGCGGGAAGGUCUUCGCUUGCAAAGUAGCCCUUCUCAAGCACCAGAAGAGACACGAGGCGAACUCCAGGUAUCGGUGCAAGGGAUGUGGGAAGACUUUCAGGUGUAAGUCAAGCAUCCAGAGGCACGAGCGGCUGCACGCUGGGGAGAAGCCUUUCGUGUGCACUAAGUGUGACAAAGGUUUCACUGACAAAACUACAUUGAAUAAUCACUUGAAAAUCCACUCCGGAGAUAGGCCGGAUCCAUGUGCCCAGUGUGGGAGAACCUUUAAAAAGCUGGCUACUCUGCAGCUUCAUCAGAAAAAGCAUGCUGAAAAGAAACCGGAAGAUGAAUAGAAGACCGUUAGCCAGAAUUCACAUAUGGGUCCUUUGGAACAAAGUCAAGAUGAGAGACACUUUAUAAGUGAACAGUUCUCUCAUUGCUUAGUAGUUGUUUUCUAGAAGACUGAUUUUUUUUAACCCUUCCCCCACUCGGAGCAUUUGUGCAAUAUAAAGAGACAUU